AUGCGCAGGUUGCGCGGCGCCCUUCUUCUUGCUCCUUCCCGCCACAUAUGUACACUCUCUACUGCUAAUUUAAAUGAUAUGAUCAACGGAUAUAUUCGCAACGGUCGUCUAGACGUUGCCCGCGAAUUGUUCGAUCGGAACCCAGCCAGUCGAGAUAUCAUUUCUUGGAAUUCAAUGAUCGCCGGGUACGUUAAAAAAGACCAAAUACAGCAUGCCCAGGACCUGUUCGAUCAAAUGCCGAUACGAGACGUCGUUUCGUGGAACACCAUAUUGUCCGGGUUGCACAAAAAUCCAGAACGAGUCUAUCAAUCUUUCUUACAAAUGUUAUCAGUCGGUGUGAAGCCCAGCCAAUUCACGAUGUCAAUAGCAAUCGCUGCCCUUUCGAACACAGAGCUCACUGUUUUGCUCCCCCAACUUCACGUGUGCAUAAUUUGUUUAGCGCUUAAUCAUAAUCCGCAUGUUGGUUCAGCGUUGAUGAAGGGUUAUGCGAAUGUGGGGGAUUGUAUUGCUUUGCGUUUAGUGUUUGAUGAGAUUUUGGUGAAAGAUAUAGCAUCAUGGAAUGCAUUAAUUAUGGGUUAUAUGGAGUUGGGGUGCACAGGUGAAGCUCACAGAAUGUUUGAGGAAAUGCCUGAGAGGGAUAUAGUAUCUUGGAUUACUUUAGUUAAGGGGUAUAUUGCUAAUAAGAAUCUCAAUCGAGCUCGAUGGGUUUUCAAUCAAAUGAGCAAAAGAAAUGUAGUUUCCUGGACCGUUAUGAUCAGUGGGUAUGUGCACAAUGGAUGCUCCUCUCUUCUAGUGGGAAAGCAAGUCCAUUCAAGUAUCUUAAAGUCUGGUAUGCCUUUAGACGUCGUCUCCUUAACGUCCCUUGUUGACAUGUAUGCAAAAUGUGGAGAUAUUGGAGCAGCAUUUUCCAUUUUUGAGUCCAUGCCAACAAAGAACUUGGUGUCCUGGAAUUCAAUAAUCGGAGCCUAUGCGAAGCAUGGGCUUGGAAUAAGAGCAUUGGAGGAAUUUGAGAAAAUGACGGGAUGUGGUGUUAGGCCUGAUCAUGUUACAUUUGUUAAUGUGUUAUCAGCAUGUGCUCGUGGAGGACUGGUUGACAAAGGCGAAAGGCAGUUUAAGUUCAUGGAGACGAACUAUGGCAUUCGGGCAAGGGUGGAGCAUUAUGCUUGCAUGGUAGACCUGUAUGGGAAAGCUGGGCAUCUAGAGAAAGCAGAGAAAUUGAUCAAGGGAAUGCCUUGUGAGCCUGAUGUCGUAGUGUGGGGUGCGAUGCUUGGAGCCUGUGUCUUGUAUUCAAAUUUGGAACUCGGGAAGUUUGCUGCAGAGGAAAUUUGCAAGCUGGAAGAAGAUCAUCCUGUUGCUUGUUCAAUGCUUUCUAAGAUACAUGGGGAAAAGGGGGUGUGA